CGCAGCCAACUAGCUAGUACUGGCACGUGAUCCACUAGGAUGGAUAGCGCGUAGGUGAUUUCCCAUCAUUUGACUGCCUGUCAUCCAUAAAGUGUUGGUCCAUGUCGUUACAGUUCUUGCCGUAUGAUCUUCUAUUCAAUAUCGCCCAGGAUCUUGAUAUCGAUGAUGUGCACAAUCUCCAGGCGACUUGCAAGUCCCUUGCGUUUGUUCACCCUUACGAGGCCCGUAUAUCGACAGCUAGCCCAUGACUUACUUGCUCGAUCCAGGCCACUUCCUCUCCACUCCUUCCAGCGUCCUCUCUGAUCUUUCGACACCCGCGCUCAUUGCCGCUGUCGACCGUGCACGAGGUUUUGAGAAGGCGUGGGCGAUCCGUGCCCCUCGACCAGCUCGCCCAAAUCCCUACUACGGAAAUCAGUGGUACAUCACUAUCAGCGUACCCUCUCAUGAAGAGAUCGAUUGGCUAUCUCCCAUCACCAGCAGCUACACACUCUGUGCAACUAAGAGCGGUCGUGUCUUAUGCUGGGAUGUGAGGAGGGAUGUUUGCCUUGCUGAGUGGGACCCGAGAGCGCACAGUAUAUUUCACCAUGGCGAGGGUUCUCAAGGGGUUGCCAGUUUUUCUUUCUUUUUUGAUCUUCAAACUCGACUGACACGCCUUUUCAGAUAUCAUGAUGACCGCGUGAUGGAGUUCAUGCUCAUGCGAUUAUUCUUCCCCCACGAACUCGACGAUUACGAUGAAAUAAAUCAGGCACAACUCUACGUCCAAUCUCCAAUUCUUUCUCACCUCGAUCACUAUGCCAGUGCUGCUGAGCCCGAGCCACGGGAACCUGAAGGAGACUCCCCCAUCCAACUAACGCCUAGGGUCCCAUCGCCCACGCAAGAUCCGCCCCCGUCGAUUCCGAUUCACGAUCAACCACCCACCCCCAUUCCUUCACCACCCGCCUCCCAAACUCCAUCACCACAAAACUCAUCCCUUCUUCAUUCCGGCAGCUUCGGCCCAUCCAGCGUUACGUCCAGCGCCCAAUGCUCCCCAAUGGCGAUAAAUGCGAUCCUACCGCCCGAUUUUGCAGAAUGCAGUGAUCCCCCGCAACUAAAUGGAAUUCCAUCCAAUCAGGCAAAUACUGUUGGAAUUAGAGGUGAUGGUGGUGCCGGGGAACCAUACCAAGGACCUGUCUUCUGCCAUCCCUCCCUCCGAGCGAUGUUUAUCCGCAGCGCGCCUGCGACACCCUCUUGGGAGAGAUAUAUCCCACUUCCUAUGAAUUUUGAUCAACCCCCGCCUCCGCCCCCAGUAUCGACUAUUCCUAUUCCGGAAUCGGCACGACCGGUAUUCGACACACUCACGAGCUUUCAUACAACUGGAGUCAUCAUGAACGUGUUCCUUCUUGACCCACCACGUCGCUUGCUGAGUGCUUUUGUUUGGAUUGCGAGUAGUAACACUAUCGGGUUGUACGUACUCCUUGACUGGGCGAAAGACGACUAUGUGUUUGUGGAUACUGGUGUUGGAUGUCUCAUCUCCUCCAAUUGGUCCUGCAUCCUCCACGAAGACCAAAUCCCGACUGCCGCCUACCAGCACUUUUACCCGCUCGAGGUGCUCAGAACAUAUGGCCGUCCCCGCUGCACCGCUUCCCCGGCAACUCACGCACAGACACCUCCACUUCAAGCAGAAGAGGGCGCGCUACAGGAUAACGAUGGCGAGGACAUACCAGACUCGUUGAAGAACUUGUGGAACAAACUCCCAACGAUAUGUGCGAGACUUACACCGAGUAGGAGUAUCUCAAAGAAAUUUGUGUUUCCUUCUGUGCCGGGGACCUCGGGUGCGGUGGUUGGUAUGCCUCCUGUAGGUGAUGAAGAUGAAGACACUGAAGAGGAGGAUGAAACUGGCGCAGCGGAAGAAGAUCAAGGACAGAGCGAAGAUAAUACUGAGCCCGUUAGUGAAGAACAAACCGGUGCAGCUGAGGUAUCUUUAAUAGUAUCUUCCGCUGAGGAUAAACAGUCCGUGGGUUAUGAAGAACUUGUAGAUGAAGAGGAGCCACCAGAUGACGAAUUUGAUGAUACUCACGAGGGCGAAGAAGAGAUGCCUUCGAAUCCGAAGAGGAAAGGCAAAAGGCGUACACGUUUCGAAGAUGAAGAAGCAGGAAAUGAUAGUCGCGCAGACGGGCCUAGUGACUCCCAAGGUGGUGAAGAUGAAGUAAGGGUUGCGGAUGAACUUAACGCAGGGUCUUCUUCCUCAAGCCAACACAGUCCCAGUCCUAAUCCUGAAUCUACGUCGCAAGACGACGAGGACGAACCAUCCUCUCAAUCUACCACUCCAACCUCUCCCGGACCUCAACAACCUACUCAAGAUGUAGUAGGUCUCGCAACGUCUGAAUCGUUCACAAACCCUUAUCCUUUCCCACCUUGGUACCCUGAGUCAGCACACUUCGUGCGGCAAUGGUGGCCUACCCUCCCUGGUGUCCCGCGGUUGAGCUGUACGGUUGUCCUCCUCGCAGCGCAUGACCCUGAGACGCACCGUACACGCUUUGUGCUCGCGCAGCAUUACUUCAAGGUCCCCAUAGCCUUUGAGGGACUACCCGUUGUGGGAGAAUCAAGUACGAGCAGCUCAUCUCGUUCUACACAACCAAACGACGACGACGACGAUGACAUGCUUCAGUCUGUGGUAUUCGUCUGCGUGCUCGAAGAGGGGGACGACGACGAAGAUACUGGCGACCGUCCACGACCCCUUGUGGCUGUUGAUUUUGGGCACGCAGUAUGGGUGGAAUAUGGUUCUUCUGUUGUACCUCCUACCCUUAAUGUUCGCGCACGCGCCGACAACAAUUCUCCCGGCAUUUACGGUACAGACAGUGUUGAAGCAAAUGUAGAGCCAGACACGCAGCCUCACGCACACUUUGCGCAUUUCGAGAACGAUCACCCGCAUCCGCACCCGCGGCGGCGGGUUCCCAAAUGUCUGCGCUUCGUCACCUUCCCUCCUGUGCAUGGCCGCCGGGGACGGACUGAAGAGGCGGUGGUGCGCACGCUCGAGAUACCAGAGGAACUAGAUUUGGAUGUCGUUGAGACGAUCAACAUUGAUCAGAGCCAAGGGGCUGUGAUUUUGAGCGUGAGGGACGGCAAGAUUUUUAUUUUGAGGUAUGAAUGAUAUUCUUGGAGUGGCGGCGGACGGAUGUGACAUAGACGAUUGUGUGAUACAUGAUCAAACCCCAUGGAAGCCGUCCUCGGACGAGCUGGGACUGUACCUGGCUGUACCUAUGUAGAUAUAUGUAUAUAUCAUAACUCUGUUCCUUGACAUUCUCCUGUACCAAUGACCAAUACAUGUCUACCACUUA